AAAUAAGAGAUUUAGAACUGGAAAAAGUAGAGCAUGUGGAAUUCAAGAACACAACAUACAAAAAAGUCUAGGGAGAUUAUUUAUCCAUUCAGAAAAAGAGGAAAAUAUCUGGAAGUAAGUGGGGAGGAAAAGAUGAAUUGGACGGGUACAUAGAGCAGACAGUAAUACUUGUGUUGCUCUGGGAGGAAGAAAGGGGCUUAAAUCAAAGCACCACUAAACAAGAGAUCACACAUAUUUUUCACCUUCUCGGGAAUAUCAGUGGUGGAAAAGCUCUGCCUAUAAUGGAAAAAGCAGACUUCAAAUUGCAAGUGAUUAUGGAGGGAAGAAUCCACUGCGGAGAAAAGCACAUACCUCUGAGGACUGAUAGCAAGGAGAAGCUAUAUGAUUGUCCAGAUUGUGGGAAACAUUUCAUUGGAUAUUCCCACCUUGUAAGGCACCUGAGGACUCAUGCAGGAAAGAAAACUUUUGAAUGUACUGAUUGUGGGAAAAGGUUCAGACAAAAUUAUGACUUGGUGAUACACCAGAGGACUCACACAGGAGAGAAACCCUUUGAAUGUCCUGUUUGCGGGAAAUGUUUCAGUCACAAUUCCAGCCUGGUAAACCACCAGAGGAUUCACACAGGAGAGAAACCCUUUGAAUGUCCUAUUUGUGGGAGAGGUUUCAGUGAAUAUUACAGCCUUGUGAAACACCAGAGGACUCACACAGGAGAGAAACCCUCUGAAUGUCCUGUUUGUGGGAAAAGUUUCAGUCACAAUUCCAACCUGGUGAAACACCAGAGGAUUCACACAGGAGAAAAACCCUUUGAAUGUCCUGAUUGUGGGAAAAGGUUCAGUCAGAAUUCUGACCUGGUGAAACAUCAGAGAACUCACACAGGAGAGAAAUCCUAUGAAUGUUCUGAUUGUGGGAAAAGUUUUAGUCACAAUUCCAACCUGGUAAGACAUCGGAGGACUCACACAGGAGAGAAACCUUUUAAAUGUUCUCAAUGUGGGAAAAGUUUCAGUCGGAAUUCCAAUCUGCUGAAUCAUCAGAGGAUUCACCCAGGAGAGAAACCCUUUGCAUGUGCAGAAUGUGGGAAAAGUUUCAGUGAGUAUUCUGACCCGGUGAAACAGCAGAGGAUUCACCCAGGUGAGAAGGAUUUUGAAUAACUUGAUUGUGGGUAUAUUUCAGUCAGAAUUCCUACUUGGUGAAACACCACCCAACUCAUACAAGAGAGAAACCCUUUGAAUGUCCUAUUUGUGGGAAAAUUUUCUUUCACAAUGUGAAUCUAGUGAUAUACUGGCAGACUCACAGAGGAGACAAAUCUGUCUGUGGAUGAUGCUUCUGGUAUAAAUUGUUCCUUACUGCACACAUGGAAAUCCAACUGAGGGAAAAGUUGAUGAGUUUAGAGAAGACUUUCAUUUCAUUUCUCAUCUCUCAUUAGGAGUGUAGGUGAAAACAUACCUCAGAAUUAGACUUGUAAGUAGAGAAAAAAGGAAAAUGGAAACCUACCAGUUUCUCACUA